GCUGUCAGUGUUGUCAAAUUGUCAUGUCCAUAUCCAUAUCCAUUUAUUUCUAAUUUUUUUAUUUUUGCGGCUUCUUGCCCUUCUUGGAGUCUUGACUUGAACUUUUUUUUAUCAAAUUCAAAUAAUCAUGACCAGAGAAAACAGCGAGCUGGGCAAUAUCACUCCACACAACAUCAAGCAAUUGAAACGCUUGAAUAGUGUUGUAUUUCCAGUCUCAUAUAAUGACAAAUUCUACAAAGAUGUAUUAGAAGCUGGAGAAUUGGCAAAGUUAGCUUAUUACAAUGACAUUGUAGUUGGGGCAGUCUGUUGCCGAAUAGACACAUCUGAGAAGUCUAGGAGAUUAUACAUAAUGACUCUUGGAUGUUUGUACCCCUAUAGAAGAUUGGGUAUUGGCACAAUGAUGGUACAGCAUGUAUUGAGCUAUGUUGAACAGGAUGGUAACUUUGAUAGUAUAUUCUUGCAUGUUCAAGUGAAUAAUGAAGGGGCCAUUGACUUCUAUAAGAAAUUUGGGUUUGAAAUUGUUGAAACAAAGGAGCACUAUUACAAAAGAAUAGAACCAGCCGAUGCACACGUUUUGCAGAAGACUUUGAGGAACAAGGGACAAACUAAUGGUAUUAUUGAAUGAUGUAUUGUAUUGAAUUUGAAUGAAAAUUGCUAUAAUUUAUUUGUUGUAGUAUUUUUACCACUUUUGUUAAUUUAGUUUUAUUUCUUUUGUAUAUAAAUAAUAAACCAAGUGUUGAUCU